UUCAAACUGCUCAUCUCAAAAGCUCCUCCUUUCUCAGCUCAGCUGCGCCUCCUCCCCCACUGUUCCGCUUGCUGCCACUGUCCCCAUCCACCUCCGCCUCCACCUCGCUGCCGUUUGCUUCACUCCCACUCCCACUGCUGCUGCUGCUGCUGCUCCUCCCCUCCCUUCCGCUGCCUGCGCGCGCGCGCUAGAUCUCGCCCGGGACCCUGGCAGCCAAUGCCGCCGGCGGGCGCCGCGGGACGGUGAGCUCUCUCGGAUCGAUGCACCGGGUGGCCAUGGCGGCGGGGGGUGGCGGUGACGGCGGCGACGCCAGGGGGCGGACGCUGGGGGCGGUCAUCAAGGAGAAGGACGACGAGCUCGCGCUCUUCCUCGAGAUGCGCCGGCGCGAGAAGGAGCGCGGCGCGGCUGCCGCGGCUGCGGCUGCGGCCGAGCAGCUGCUGGUGUCCGGGGAUGGGGUGGGCGUGGCGGGGGACGGGGUGCUGCUCGUAGACCGACCGCCGCCGCCUCCCGCCGAACCCAAGGCGACGGCGUACAAGAUGGCCGGCGGAUUCAGGAGGGCGCCCGGUGGAGCCGACGACUUCCUCAAUUCGGACGGCGGCGAUAAGAACGAUUACGACUGGCUUCUGACUCCACCAGGAACUCCACUUUUUCCAUCUCUAGAAUCUGAGUCAAAAAAAUCCCCAGGGAGCCAAACUGGAACCCCCAAAACUCGUCCAACUGCCUUAAAAUCAAGGCUGGCCAAUCAGCCCGAUCCUCCAUCAAGAACAACCCUUCCAUUGAGAACAACAUCGUCAAACAACUUGAACUCAGCUGCCACAACACGUAGGCCCUCAUCUUCUGGAGGACAUACAUCUAACUCAUCAAGGCCUUCAACACCAACUGGGCGUCCUGCACUGACCAAUACAUCCAAAGGUUCAAGACCUUCAACACCAACAUCUCGAGCAACUGUGCCUUCUAAGUCUGGACCUCCUGCCCGAAGAUCAUCAACGCCCACAUCCAGGUCAACACUUACUUCAGCAAGGUCAAUAACACCUUCAAGGACGUCUGGCCCUGCUACCAGGACAUCAGUUCCUUCAGGUAGAGCUUCAGCACCUGUUAGCAGGUCAUCCACUCCUACAAGAUCAUCAAUACCUGCUACCAGGUCAUCAACACCAUCAUCAAGGCCCUCCAUACCAGCACAAAGCAAGCCAGUAUCAAGGUCAUCAACCCCAACAAGACGGCCUUCUUCCACUUCCACUCAGCAUGGUAGCUUGGCUGCACCAGUUCGAUCUUCCUCAAUCUCCAAACCAGCCCCUACAAUAUCUAAAAGUUCUUCACCAGCAAAAACAAUAGCAUCAACACCUUCCAGGGGCAGCUCACCUACUGUCAAAUCAAGACCAUGGAAGCCAUCUGAAAUGCCUGGCUUCUCACUUGAUGCCCCUCCAAAUCUGAGGACAUCACUACCUGAAAGACCAACCUCUGCCACUCGGGGCAGACCUGGAGCUCCUAGUUCUAGGUCUUCUUCUGUGGAGUCUGGGCCAGCUGCUCGGCCAAGGCGGCAGUCUUGCUCUCCCUCUAGAGGGAGGACUUUAAAUGGUAGUGUGCCUUCAGGGAGUUCAAUGCCAGCAGUGAGAAGAUCGCAUCUUAGCAAUGGAGGUGACAGUGUCAAUCCUGUUCAAAUGGGUAAUAAGAUGGUUGAGAGGGUAGUGAACAUGAGAAGAUUAGUUCCUCCAAAACAUGAUGACCAAAGAUCCAGCCUCAACAGUCUAUCUGGAAAGUCAUCAAAUUCUCCAGAUAGCUCUGGCUUCGGUAGGACAUUGUCAAAAAAAUCACUGGACAUGGCUCUUCGACAUAUGGACAUACGGCGCAGCAUUCCAAACAAUUUACGACCUCUUAUGACAAGCAUACCAGCAUCCUCUGUGCAUAGUGCACGGUCAGGGUCUACAAGGAGUAGACCAAUUAGUGUUUCUGACUCUCCUCUUGCAACAAGCAGCAAUGCCAGUUCUGAGCCGAGCGUCAACAACAACCUGAUGUGCUUGGACAGUAUCGAUAUCGAUGAUGAGUUGUGCAGCGAUAGGGCAGGGCAAUACAGGCGAUGAUUUGCUUCUUAAUAGUAUAAUAGUUAUGGUCCCUGCGAAAUUUUACGACCUUAAAAUGUUCAGAGCAGUGGGAGGAUCAUCUUCAAGAUGAUCUCUUGGGUUCAAUUCUCAUAUGUAGUUCAUUGGUUGUACAAUAUUUAUCCGGUUUAUUCAUGUUAUGUUGCGAGCUGCUCCAUGUGCAACUUUAUUCUGGACCUUAUAUGUCAUUGAAAAGCGUCUUUUAUGUGUUCAGUCCUUGACUAUCAUCCUCAGUACUUUGGGAGUUUUAAGUUAGGUCUUUUUAGCCCCUUGAGUCUUGAGACCAUUUUGUAGCGGAUUUCAUGCUACACCCUGGUAGUCAAAUGUGUUUUCCCUGCUGAACUAUAUGGCAUUUUUCUCUGUUAUUGUAUCAGCAAUGUAAAUUUAGUA